AUGUGCCUUUAUCGACUUGCCUAUUUCACCAAGCCUUCAAAUUUGAAUCGUUCACUUGCAACUUCUGCUCAAAAGCGAAAAUUGAAGCGGGUAAAGAUGAAGAAUUCCUCCAAACGGAUACUAGAAGCCGAAACCACAGUCGAAGCGGGGACAAGAACAAAUCAAGACGAAGGGAAACAUGGCUUCCUGAGACCAUUCUUAUUUCUUGGAGUAAUGCCGCUGGUAGUGUCGUCUCUAAUAAUAUGGAGCCGGAGCGACUUGCUUCAGGACUUGACAGGACAUCGUUUCGAGCCAAUAAGAAAAGAGUUUAAAGCUGCUCAGCAGAAGCAAAACGACGAACAAAUGGAAGGUGGACAGCAGCAAACAAAUCAACAACAAACGAUACCAACAAGAGAGUCAAAAUGA